AUGCUUCAAAAUUUCCUUCAACACCAACAACAACAAAAUUCCCAACAUUCAUCUCAACAAAGAAUAGAAAAUAAUACAGAAAGCCAACAACAACAACAGUUGGAUGAAUUUAUAAUUGAUGAAAUACUUUCUCUUGAAGGGGAACAACAAGCUAAUAAUCGACAGGUAAUAAUAAUACAGGUUUAUAAAAUUAAAAUAAGGGUCACCUCGCUAUAG